CACCACCACCACCACCACCCCCCCAGUCCGCCCGUAACCGCCGGGCUGUCGUUCAAACCCCCCCCCCGUCCUCCCACCCACCUAACAACCACCCUCGUCCCUUAAGGGAUUCUGAACGAUUGGUUCGCGGCGGAGGAACUGGUUCUAACCCUGGACUCCCAAUUGUUCUCUGGCUUGCUCCGCUCACCCUCUUUCUCGCCAUUCUAUUUGCUUGCUUGCUUGCUUGCUCCUCUCUCUCUCUUCCUUUUGGUUUGCUUUCUCUCCCACCCCUCCCUUCUCAUAAUCUCCAAAACACCACCCCCCUCUUCCUCCAUCCUCUCCCCUUCACCCUCACCCCUCCCUUUCUACCUCACCCUAUUUUGGCUCUGCGAGUCGUUUCUCUUCUCCGCUUUUCCCCUAAUUCCUACUUUAUUCUCUUCGUGCGCCCCCCUCAGCUCUUGCAGUCGUGUCGCUGGUGCUCUUUUUGCUGCAGGGCUACGCUUUGUUUGGUGCCCGAUUUAGUCACUGCAACGACUACCCUCGACUAAAACGAAAAGGCGUUAAGAAACGCCUUUUACCGGAUCCAACCCCCCCCUCUACUAUAAUUCUGGUUGUAGGCCCUCUUGGACGAGUAGCCUGCUCAACUACUGGUAUAUUCGUUCCCCUACACGUUCCACGCAUCAGAUCUUCGUCUCGAGUCUCCUCCCUUUGACCUUUUGCAGUUGAAUCUGUUUAUAUCUCGAAACCUCGCUUGUGAGGAGAGCAACCUGCUUUGUCGUGGCCGAGUAGAUUCAUCGAUAUAUACAUUGCUCUUCCACCCUUUUUUUUUUUUUUUGUUUACCCUCGCUGCUGCUGCUGCUGGUCAUCAACAACCAUGGCUCUACUCGCGCCGAAAAGUCAGUAUGUUCACAGUAGUUCACACCUCCAUGCUACACCUCCUACGAGUUCGGCUCUUUCUCAAGCUUCCCCAACAAAUUCUGAAUUUUCUGACGGUACAGGUGUAUUAGAUGAUAUUCGGUAAGAUCAACUUUGUAAUCGUAUCUGUUGCACUAUUAACGCUCUUGUAGAUCUUGGGAUGAGCGAAAAGUUGGCGGUUGGCUGCGGGAUAUUGGUUGCUCCAAAUAUGAGGGUGAUUUUUCGAGUAUGUUUCAUCCGAGGACACGAACCUAAUGAUGUAAUAAUAUCAACAGGAGAGGCUUUGUUGGAGUGUGAUCAUUCGGUUCUCAAGGAAUUAGGGAUAAAAAAGGUCGGGGAUCGUGUGCGAAUAUUUGUUGCGAUAAAAGCCCUGAGAACAAAGGCGUAUGGGAAUGGCAAAAAGCGCAAUAGGGAUACCUUGGCUGCUCUUGAUAAUAUGAACGGAAUGCCACCAUACCGUACCCCGACGCAGUCGCCGUAUCACCCGUCUCCCUCUCAGAGUAAUAAACGGUAUUCACGAGCUCUUCAAAAUGACAUAUCUUCCACCCUCAAUAGCAGCUCAUAUAGUCGUCCCGAUAGUCCUAGCGACUCGGAAUACCCCCGAUCUUAUCCGCGGAACGGGAGUGCUCGCAACGUUAUCAGUCCACCGCUAGAAUCUGGCCGUUCAAACUUUGGCCCCCCGACUCCGGCUUCUGGUUCUUCUUCUCACCCGACAAAAACACCCAGGACUCCCCAUGACUACAGCAAACCUCCCCAAGCGGUCGCCAAUUCCCCUCACCAUAUGAAGCCAACUCACAGACAAUCUCCAAGUCUGGACAAGGGAAUUAUGGUCCUAAUUUUAGCUCAACAGGAUGCGAUCAAGGUUAUUGGUGAUGGUGGUCAAUAUCGUGUUAUUAACAUUAGUGAUUGUAACACUCCGGAGACACUGAUGCGUAAGAUUAUCAAGAAGUUUGGUAUUAAUGACCAUUGGCCAAGUUGGGGUAUUUAUAGUAUUGUGGAUGAAAACGGGAAAGAUGCAGCCAGAUGCCUUAGCGAUACUGAACUGCUUCGGAUAGCCCAUGAUGUCAAUCGGCCGGAGCGCACCAGGCUUAUAUUAGGGAAAAAGGUGGCUCCACCCCUGCCUUUAUCCUCCGAAUUUCGUGUCGCUCAGCAAAUUGCGAGGGAGCAGCAGGAUAUGGCGCAAAAGAAUUCUUCGGCGGAGGCCGUCUACGGGAACGCAAACAACUCCAAGGUCAAGGCCCCGUUUGGGUCGGAUCUUCGUGAUAUCCCCUCAUCUCCAAUGAGCACUUCAAGUCAGCUGUCCCCGGCUUCUCCUACCGCGACAGAUCCAGCCUCACCUAGGAGUCGAGAUUCGGGACCUAGUCGCAAGGCAUCAAAGAAAAUCACCGCCUUCUUUGGGCAGCGCCCGCCUAGUGAAUUGAUCAGUUCAAAUCUGGCGGAAUACUUCCCAGAUCAUGAGCACAAGGUUUUGGAGAGGACUGUUCGCAACUCAAUGAGGCGCUCCGCCAGGAUGAGCAGAUACAACAAUCGUUUCAGCGUUGCUACUACCAGGAGUUAUGCGUCAAGUCUGAGUGAUGCCCCACCCGUUCCAAGCGUUGGGGAUGCUUGGUUGAAUGCUGCUAGUCCGAUCAUGUCAAAUGUUCCCAGCAGGGUCCCGAGACCACUGUCGAUCCGAAAGUCGUUCUUGCCUUCAACAUCCUUUUCGGAAAAUCGGGAUUCACUUGGGGCAGUCCCGGAGGAUGGAGAGUCAUCGCCUAUGGGCUCUGAGCGGAAGAGUUAUAUGUCUUUUGAUAGCGCUAAAGAGGAUUCUAUUAGAGAUUCCGUCAACGUUAUUGUCACAGAUACCGAUACUGGGAGUACCAUGGAGAGCUAUUUGGACACCCAUAGCAACGCCUCUACUCCAGCAACUGAAGUCGACCCCCAUGCGGCCAGUAUGCUUGGCCAAUUCUUGAGUGCAGGGGAGUCGGAAGAAGAGGAGGAGGAUGGUGAGGAGGAAUACCAGGAAGAUAGCUGGGGCGGUUUGAGGUGGAUGAAGGGAGCACUAAUUGGAGCUGGGUCCUUUGGAAGCGUUUUUCUGGCAUUGAAUGCCUUGACUGGAGAGCUUAUGGCUGUCAAGCAAGUCGAGAUGGCAUCCGGUGGCAAGGAAGAUGCUAGGAAGAGGAGCAUGGUAGAGGCCUUGCAAAGGGAGAUUGAGCUUCUCAAGGAUCUCCAACAUCCCAACAUUGUCCAGUACCUUGGAUCCAGCGACGAGGAUGAUUCACUCAAUAUUUUCCUUGAAUACGUUCCUGGUGGAUCUGUUGCAGCUCUACUUAACACCUAUGGUCCACAGAAGGAGCCCCUUAUCCGCAACUUUGUCCGCCAGAUCCUUACUGGUCUCGCUUAUCUCCACAACAAAGACAUUAUUCAUCGCGAUAUCAAGGGUGCCAAUGUUCUGGUUGACAACAAAGGUGGUAUCAAAAUCUCAGAUUUCGGUAUUUCCAAGAAAGUCGAGGCUGGCCUUCUUACCUCGUCGAGCCAUAGGCCUUCUUUGCAGGGGUCGGUUUUCUGGAUGGCUCCAGAAGUUGUUAAGCAGACCUCUUAUACUCUCAAGGCUGAUAUCUGGUCGCUUGGGUGCCUUAUUGUCGAGAUGUUCACUGGAACUCAUCCUUAUCCCGAUUGCUCUCAGCUACAGGCGAUCUUCAAGAUUGGCACCGGAGGAUCUGCGCCAGCCAUCCCUUCAAAGUGUUCGGCGGAAGCAAAGCAGUUCCUUUCUCGCACCUUCGAGUUGGAUCAUGUCAAGAGGCCCACGGCUGACGAAUUAUUGCUUAACCCCUUUUUGAAUCCGAUGGUUGGACAAGGUCCGAUAGGGGAAUGAGGCAGGGUUGGCUUUUUCGACAUGGAGUGAUGACCUGUUAUGAUGAUGGCUGGGUUGUAUUUGGUGUCUGAUUUUAUUUUUAUUUUUAUUUUUAAAAAAGGUUCGAUUUUUAUACUUUCUUGUUUACAUUUUUUCCCCGUAGGGGGUCCUAGUCGGCUCUGCCUUUCGUGUGGAUCUUAACUUUUUUCUUGUUCUUUUUUUCUUUCUUUCUUUUCCACUCACUUUUUUUUUAUUCAUCUUGCAUGCAUUAUUUCGGGAGAGAUAUCCGAUGGGUUGUCCGGGGAUUUUUUUUCUUCUUUUUUCCUUUCUUUCUUUUCUCUGAUAUACCAUUUUCUGCUUUUCUCGUUAUCUCUGCAUCGCCGGCAAUUACCUAAACGCUUUGGGUCUCAUCUCAUUCUUUUUCUCUCUAAAUAAUCUGGGCGGUUCUAGCGAUGGAUAUGGUGUCUGAGGAAGCCUUGUUGGGAGUUUUAGGUACGGGUUAGGCAUGGAAGGAGGCCUGGUUUCUAUGGCCUCCAUUACGGCAGUAAUAUUUUUGACCUAGUCUAGCUAGAGGUCACAUCAGUGAAAUGGCUUAUGAAGA